AUGGUCCGACAAACCGGAAACCCCAACUACACCACGGCGGACGUCAACCACCUCUUGCUGCUGAUCGAGAACGAGCUUCCGCUCGGACGAGACGAGAAGCCGACUGGCACGCCCAACAUGCCGCCGCACGUCAAAAAGGCCAAGGAGGUGAAGCUGGCGAUCGACGAAAAGGCCAACAUCAUCGAGAUGGAUGACGAGGCCGACGAAGAU